GUGUGUGUGUGUGUGUGUGCUUCUGGUUCAGUGCACGGCGAAAGCAGCGAGAACGCGGACGAGCGUGCCAAGGAAACACCGAGGACGAGGAUCAUUGGAAUCGCCGGGAUGAUGCAAGGGCGUAACGCCAUGUUCCUGGGCCUGGCUCUGGGUCUUUUGCUGCUUGGCAGCUGGUCGGGCGUGCGCGCUGACGCUGAUGUCGCCGAUGACGAGUUUGAUGUGGCCCAGGCAACACCAGAGAGCCAGCCUGCGGCACCCAUUCCCCAACCACAAGCCGCACCAACGCCUCCCGCACCUGCCGAGCCCGCCGCACCCAUUACCUCCUUUCCUGUCCUCGUGCAAAAGUUUCCGCUCGAGGUCACGCUCGUCGCCCUCCUCCUCAUUUACAUGGUCAACUACGUCUACGGCACCAUGGUCAACAAGAAAAUUGCCACACGAAUUGCCGAGCGCAACAUUGUGGCCAUGCGCGAAGCCUUUGGUGCUGUUGGUGAUCAGGGUGACGAGCUCAUCUGUGAGAGCAACAACGAAUACGUUCUCUAUGGUACUGGGCGCACAGAUGUUGUUCGCUGCAACAUCUCCAUUGACUUGCUUCGCCGACAAGAUGCCAUUGGUUACCUCAUUGAACUCUUCACGCACGUCGAGGACGCCAUCAACGUCACUGUUGACCUGCGCUGCCCCGAGCCUGCGCCGCUGGUGCUGACUGUCGGCACUCCCGCGGCCCUGCGCCGCAUGGCUGAGCAUGAAGACAGCAAAUUCUUUACCUCGAUGGUCGAUAUCAGGGGGGUGCCCAGCGGCUUGGAUGUCUUGACCGAGUCUCCUGAGCUUGGUGCGGCUUUUUUGACCAAGGAGCUCUUGGAUGCCAUCCAGAGUCUCAAGCCCAUGAUCAAUGCUAUUCAUGUUUCAGACCAGUGGUACGGCGUGAAGAUGCUGGAGCCCCCGUCCUUUGACAGCAACACAGCUCCUGAGGACGCCGUCAUGCCCGAAGCUCGUCAGGUGAUCUCUCUUAGUCUCAAGCUGCCCUACGACGAUGCUAAUCUGGAAAGCAAGCUCGUGCCGUUUAUCCUCCAACUGACGGAGCGCGUGCGCACAUUCGCCUGCACGGGCGCGAUGGCUGCCAAAGCAGACAAGCGCCGCUCCAAGUUCAAGGAGGCGUACCGCAAGGCAAUCAACACCUACAAGACGCAGAAGCAGCACUUGGACGGACAAGAUCGUCGUGUCAAGCAAAAGCUGGAGGCUCAAAAGCAGGGCGAAGCUGCUUUCGCCAAGUUUGAGGAGAAGCAAAAGAAGCGCAUGCAGCGUAAGCAGGCCAAGAAGGGCAUGGUUAAGAUGGUGAUGUGAGAGCUCAGCGCGCACCAGCCCAGACUCGGCGUUUGCAGAGCCUCCACAGCGGCGUGUGCCCAUCCAGUUGAAUGAAACGUC